CAGUAAGCGCCUUGCAUUUCCGUUCGGUUCUAAACUGCUCGUGUAACACUCGUACACUAGUAGGGUCGAUGCAAUGGCGAAAGUAGCGAGCGUGUUGUUGCCUUCGAAUCUGUGUUGUGUGUUUUUAUUGAUUAUUACGGUAUUCGUUCGUCACUUUAGCUGCCAGUACGAAGUGUCAGCCACCGAUAUAGGACAUAACGUACAGACUAGAUGCGUGGACGAUCAGAGAAGACCACAGAGAUGUAUACCAGAGUUCGUCAAUGCAGCCUUUAACAUCAGAGUAGAAGCAACGAAUACAUGUGGCACUCGGGGCCCUAUCGAAUAUUGCUUACAGACUGGUGCCACGGGUGCUACAAAAUCUUGCGAAUUAUGCGAUAGUGGUAACCCAUCAUUAGCACACCCAGCUGAUUAUCUGACAGAUUUUAACAACAAUGAUAAUCAAACUUGGUGGCAGAGUGAAACUAUGUACGAAGGGAUACAAUAUCCUAACAGGGUUAACUUAACUUUAAAUCUAGGAAAAUCAUUUGAUAUCACGUACGUUCGAUUAAAAUUUCAUUCGAGCAGACCCGAAAGCUUCGCUAUCUAUAAAAGAACUACAGAAGAUGGUGAAUGGAUACCCUAUCAAUACUAUAGUGCUACUUGUAAAUCGACGUAUGGUAUAUCCGAAGGUUCCUACGUCGUCAGAGAAAACGAAACUAAGGCAUUAUGUACGUCGGAAUUCAGUGACAUUUCUCCGCUUUCUGCAGGAAAUGUGGCUUUUAGCACGUUGGAAGGACGACCGAGUGCUUAUAUGUUUGAACAAAGUCCCGUCUUGCAAGAAUGGGUUACAGCAACUGCUAUUCGAAUUACAUUGGAUAGAAUGAAUACUUUUGGUGAUGAAAUUUUUGGAGAUCCGAAAGUUUUGAAAUCCUAUUAUUAUGCGAUUUCAGAUUUUGCGGUUGGAGGAAGAUGUAAAUGUAAUGGUCAUGCUAGCGAAUGUGUUCUAAGCCCUGAUUAUGGUCAUAACUAUGAAAGACGCUUAGUAUGCCGCUGUGAACAUAAUACAGAUGGACCAGACUGUGAAAAAUGCAAACCAUUUUAUAAUGAUCAGCCUUGGGGAAGAGCAAAUGAAAAUGAAACUCACGAAUGUAAACCAUGUAACUGUAAUGGAAGAUCUGAAAAAUGCUAUUUUGACAAAACUUUAUGGCAACUUACUGGAAGUGGAGGUCAUUGUAUUGAGUGUAGAGAUAAUACAGAUGGUCCAAAUUGUGAGCGAUGUAAAGAAAAUUACUACGAGCAACAAAACGGACAAUGUGUUCCUUGUAAUUGUGAUCUUACCGGUUCACGCAAUUUACAAUGUAACAAUCAGGGACAGUGUUUGUGUAAACCAGGUGUAACGGGUAAACAAUGCGAUCAUUGUGCAGCAAAUUACUACGAUUUUACUUCACAAGGUUGUAGACCGUGCGGUUGCAAUAUAGCAGGUAGUAUUGGAAAUAAUCCAACCUGUGAUCCCGUUACUGGUGUUUGUCAAUGUAAAGACAAUGUUGAAGGUCAAAGAUGCGAAAGGUGUAAACCUGGCUUUUUUGAUUUGAAAACAAUUAACGAGUUUGGUUGUUUGCCGUGUUUCUGCUUUGGACAUUCUUCACUUUGUCGAAGUGCGCCCGGUUACUCUUCUGUUCUUAUCGAAAGUACAUAUGCGAGAGAUAGUGAAAGAUGGCAUGCAAUUGAUUACUAUGGAAGAGAAGUUCCUAUUGCAUACAAUGCCAUUGAACAGCUUAUAAGUAUUAAUUCUCUGGGAAGUGAAACUGUCUACUUUUCAGCACCAGCAAGAUUUCUUGGUGAUCAGAGAGCGUCAUACAAUCAAUUCUUAAGUUUUGUUUUGAGAAUUGGUGAAGAGGGACCUCAAGUUACUGUUGAAGAUAUUGUAUUGGAAGGAUCAGGAUUAUCGAUAUCUACACCAAUUUUUGGUCAAGGAAAUCCACUUCCCACUAUUUACAAUCAACAUUUUAAAUUCCGCCUUCACGAACAUACGGAAUAUGGAUGGAAUCCACGUCUUAGUGCUUUAGAUUUUAUCAGUUUGCUAUCUAAUGUGACUAGAAUUAAAAUAAAAGGAAAUUAUGUUCCUGGAGGAACUGGUUUUCUUGAUGAUGUUAGAUUAGAGUCUGCUCAGAGAUCCCCAUUUGGACAAGAAGUAACUUGGAUUGAAAUGUGCACUUGUCUCGAAGGUUAUGUCGGACAGUUCUGCGAAUCGUGCGCACCUGGUUAUCGUCAUGAUCCUCCUGGCGGUGGUCAUUUCGCUAGAUGCGUUAAAUGUAAUUGUCACAAUCAUGCUGAAUACUGUGAUCCUGAAACUGGUCGUUGCAUUUGCCAGCAUAAUACUGCUGGUGAUAGCUGUGAUCGAUGUGCACCUGGUUAUUAUGGUAAUGCUCUUCAAGGGACACCAGAUGAUUGUCAGCAUUGUCCUUGUCCAGAUAGAGGAGCGUGUGUUAUUCUUCCGGAUGAUCAAGUUGCAUGUCUUCAAUGCCCUCAGGGUUAUACGGGUCAUAGAUGCCAAUUAUGUGUCGACGGUUACUAUGGAGAACCCAACUUUGAUCAACAAUGCAGGAAAUGCGAAUGUAAUGGAAAUAUUGAUCUGAAUGCUAUAGGCAAUUGCAACACAACUAAUGGUGAAUGCUUAAAAUGCAUUUACAACACUGCAGGUAGACAUUGUGAGAAAUGUCUUCCAGGAUAUUACGGUAAUGCCCUCUCGGUUCCAAAAGGAGAUUGUCAAGCUUGCAAUUGUUAUCAUUAUGGAACUUUAGAACAAGAUUUAUUUAGCAAUGUACUUAUUUGUAACGAAAAAACUGGUCAGUGUCCUUGCAAACGAAAUGUCGAGGGACGUCAGUGUGACAGAUGCGCAGAAGGAUAUUGGAACAUAACUAGUAACAGUGGAUGUGAAUUGUGUGACUGUAAUCCGGUCGGUUCGUUUAAUCAUACCUGUGAUAUUCGCACCGGACAAUGUUUUUGCCGUCCGGGUGUUAUGGGAAGGAAAUGCGAUAUGUGUUUAGAUUUCUUUUAUGGAUUUUCUUCGGAGGGUUGUAAAUAUUGCGAAUGUGAUUCUGUUGGAUCCUUAUCAUUUCAAUGCGAUCCCUCGGGACAAUGUAAAUGCAAACCAAAUGUUGAAGGUAGAAGGUGUGAUCGGUGCAAAGAAAAUAAAUAUAAUAAAGAAGCAGAAUGUAUCGACUGUCCUGCUUGUUACAACUUGGUUCAGGAUGCAGCAAAUGAACACAGAGCUAAGUUAGCAAAAUUAGCCGAACUUUUAGAAGAAAUUGAAAAGAAUCCUCAAGUGAUAGAUGAUGUAAAUUUUGAAAAUAAACUUGCAGAGAUUGAACAACGAGUGAAAGAGUUAUUAGAAGAAGCUCAAAAUGCUGCAGGCGUCGAUGGCAAUUUGGUAGGUCAGAUAAAUGACCUUAAAAGAACUAUUGACGAAAUUAAAAAAACUUCUGGUAAAAUUGCUGGAAAGAUAAAAGACAUAGACAUUAUUAGUGGCGAAAGGAAUAUUUCGCUUGCGGAAGAGAUUAUCGAGAGAGCCAAAGAAGCCUUAACUGCAGCUCGUCGUCUUUUGGAAACCGAAGGUUUAUCCGCACUUCAGGAAGCAAAAGAAAGAUCUGAUCAAUUUGGACAACAAUCAGAAAGGAUGUCCCAAAUUGCAAGAGAAGCUAGACAAUUAGCUGAUGAUCACAUGAACGAAGCAAAUCUUAUAACCGAAUUUGCUAACGAUGCUUUAAAUACUUCAUCAGAAGCGUAUCGUUUAGCUAAGGAUGCCAUUGAUUCACAAGAUCAAACUAUAGCUGAAAUAUAUGAAUUAGAAAAACAAAUUGAUAAAGUAUCUUAUUCUCUUGGUGAAGCAUUGGAACUUGGAAAACAAAGUUUAGAUGAUGCAAGGGAUGCUUAUAAUGAUGCUUUAGAUACAUUUACGAAAAUUCCUAAACCUUUGGUAAUCGAAGUCGACACUGACGGAAUGAAGCGUAGAGCCGAAGAUAUUAUUGAAAGAGCUAAAGAGAUUCAAGAACAAACAGACAGAACUUUGGAAGAGCAUCGGCCUAAAAUGGAAGAACUGCAUAAUAAAAGUGGAGAACUUCAAGCUCUUUUAGAUCGAGCCGAUAAGGCACAACAAAUAACAGAUGAAAUGUUAGCAGAUGCAGAUGCUGCUGCAGAUAAAGCAAAUAAAGCAGUUUCAGCUGGUGAUAAAACAUUAGAAGAAGCGAAAAAUACUCUUAAAUUAUUACAAGAAUUUGAUCAGUCAGUAAAAACAAGUAAAGAAGAGGCUGGGGAAGCUUUUAAAAAAAUACCUGAAAUAGAACAGUUAAUUGACGAAGCAGAAGAUAAAACAAGAGCUGCAGAAGAUGCACUAAGUGAUGCGAAACUGGCUGCUUCGGAAUCAAAAGAUGCUGCUGAAGAAGCCCAAAGAAUUGCAGAAGAAGUUUCGAAGGAGGCAGAUAACAUUCGAGAUGCUGCAGAAAACACAAAAGAUAAAGCUGCUAAAUUAAUGAAUCAAGCAGAGGGAAUCGACGAAAGAGUAACGGAAACGGCCGUUCGCGUCAAAGAAAAAGAAAAUGAAGCCGACGAGAAUGAAGCUUUAAUUAAACAAGCCUUUGAAAAAGUAAGUGAAGCAAAAACUUCAGCCGAAGGAGUAGCAGAUCAAGUGAAUGAGGCUUUGAAUACACUUGGAACUAUAUUAGAAGCUCUUGAUGAACAUCAUGACAUUGAUUUAUCGCUACUCGACGAACUCGAACGAAAGUUAAAUCAGGCCGAACAGGAUUUCUCGGAUGCCAAUUUAGAUAAACGCUUAGAUGAACUUCUCGAGGGAAGGCGUUUGCAAAAUCACUGGAUAAGAGACUAUAAGCUGGAAGUGGAUCAAUUAAUGAAAGAUGUUAAAAAUAUCGAAGACAUAAAGAAUUCGCUUCCUAACAAGUGUUAUCGUAGAGUGGUAUUGGAACCACCUAUAGUUUAAAGAUAAGAGAAACAAACUUAAUUAAUAAGAUAUAUAUUAAAGAACUGAAAUAUAUUGGGUACAAUAAAAUUGCUUUAAUAUUACAAACAGGUGCUAUCGACAUGCCAAAAAAGUCAGCAUGUUCCAUCCGUGUCCCAUAAUUUUUUAUCACAAUUUUAAGGCAUUAUUGUACAUAAAGUUAUUGCUUUAUUAUAAGUUUAUUGAAUAUUUUCAGAUAAUAUUUUGCUCUAUUAUAGUUAAAAAUGUUGAAUUUCUGAAAUUGCUAGUUUUUUCCAGUUUUUUUAAGAGAAUAUAUAGUCUUAUAAAGGGUACAAAUUUUUUAUAAUAAACAGAAUCACCAAAGCAGCAAAUACAUUGUAUUCGGCUAUGAUGCCGUCAUAACAGUAUUGUCUUUAUUUUAAGACAGUGUGGUCCAAAGGCUCUAUGUUUAAGACUUAUUACUUUAUAGAAAUGUUUAGCAUCAUGCUGAAUUUUUAAGAAUUUUUUUAUUUUUUAGUUACCAAUUUAGAUUAUUUUUCUACAACUUGUUUCGUUUGUAAUUGUGUUUUUGUCUUUCAAAUUAUAAUACCUCUCCUUAUACCACGAGUAAUUACUCUGGACGGAUCACACUGUUAUAAGAUGGACUCGAACUUUAGAAGUAUUGUCAGAAAUUUUAUUACAACAAACUCUGCAUCAAAUAAAUCUAAUUUUUACGUUAAUCAAUCUUAAAUCCGUACUUCGGAUAGAAUUUCGUAAAAAUUGGUUUUAUUUUUUGCGUCAAACGCUUCUGUUUGGUACAACACGAAUCAAGCUUUAAUUUACAAUUUUUAAAACUUUAUAUUAUUUUCUUAGUAACAGAGUAUCUAUUUUUUGAAAAGAAAUUUGUAAAAUAGUUAUUUCUGCUUGUCUUUUUAUAUUUCCUCUACCAGAGAUGUAUAUAAAAUUUAUACAUAAUGAAAAAUACUGCCAUUAUUAAAUUACAUCUCAGGCAAAUGUGCAAUAUUAAAUACUGUAUUCUAGUGUAACUGUGUUUUGUGUUGUCGCAUUUUUUAGUCUUUUGUAGCAUGAUGUGUUGAAAUAAA